GUGGAAGUGAGUAAAUUUACAUACAUUUGCAGUCGUACUCCAUAUGUACAUUUUCAUGCAUUAUUAUUACACCAACAUUGUUGCGUUAGGACAGCUCACUACCUUCUAGUGCUGUCAGCCUUUCUUCUUCCGCCGGCAGGACUUCCUUGUUGACUUUGACUUGAACCAGCUAUGAAAAAUGAUGGUGGUUGGUAACAGCCAGAUGGCUCUCUGGAUCAUUUCUGCGGCGUUCAUCGUCAACACAUCUACUGUUUUAGCGGCUCAGAAACCUCAUGUUGUCUUCAUUCUGGCUGAUGACUUCGGCUGGUACGAUGUCGGCUACCACGGCUCUGAGAUCAAGACCCCAAACUUGGACCAACUGUCGGCCAAAGGAGUGCGGCUGGAGAACUACUACGUCCAGCCGCUGUGCACUCCUUCCAGGAACCAGCUGAUGACCGGGAGGUACCAGAUUCAUACAGGCAUGCAACACCAGAUCAUCUGGCCCUGUCAGCCAUACUGCGUCCCUCUGGAUGAGAAACUGUUGCCUCAGCUCAUGAAGGAGACGGGAUACGACACACACAUGGUGGGCAAGUGGCACCUGGGCAUGUACAAGAAGGACUGCCUGCCCACACGGCGGGGCUUUGACACAUACUUUGGUUACCUGUUGGGCAGUGAGGACUACUACACUCACACCCGCUGUUCUGACAUCUCACCUUUGAACCUGACUCGCUGUGCGCUGGAUCUGAGGGAUGGAGAGGAGGUUGCCACUGCAUACAAAGGAGUUUAUUCCACUGAAUUGUUCAGCCAGAGAGCCACCAGCAUCAUCAAAAAACACAACUCUAGCAAGCCACUCUUCCUCUAUGUGGCUCUGCAAGCGGUGCAUGCACCCCUGCAGGUACCAGAGCGCUACUUGGCCCCCUACAGUUUCAUUAAAGAUCCUCAUCGCCGGCUGUAUGCCGGCAUGGUGUCGGCCAUGGACGAGGCAGUAGGGAACAUCAGCUUGGCUUUGCAGCAGGGAGGACUUUGGGACAACACAGUCCUUGUUUUCUCCACAGAUAAUGGAGGUCAGACGCUUUCUGGUGGCAGCAAUUGGCCACUGCGGGGGAGGAAGUGGUCACUGUGGGAAGGAGGUGUCCGGGGAGUCGGAUUUGUCACCAGCCCGCUUCUGGAAAAACCCGGGACUAUCAACCGGGAACUCAUCCACGUCUCUGACUGGCUGCCGACACUGGUCGGCCUGGGAGGAGGCAGCACCAGCGGCACGAAGCCGCUGGACGGAUUCAACAUGUGGAACACGAUCAGCAAAGGGUUUGCCUCACCCAGACUAGAGCUGCUGCACAACAUUGAUGCUCAGUAUGAUGACAUCGCUCCGUGUCCUGGCAGGCAGCGUCAGUUAACUUUGGCUCGGGGGGUCAGCAGAGACCCGUGGGCCAACUCCAGCUUCAAUGUGUCCAUUCACGCGGCCAUUCGAUUCUCAAAUUGGAAGCUGCUGACUGGAUACCCAGGCUGUGACUUCUGGUUCCCUAGGCCCGGCCACAACAGCUCCGAAACCGGCCCUUCCAAGACGGACCCUCUAAAGUCCACAAUGCUGUUUGACAUAGAAAAGGAUCCAGAGGAGAGGAAUGAGGUGUCAGCUCAGUUUCCCUCAGUCGUCGAGUUUCUCCUCAACAGACUCCAACACCACCAAAACACUGCUCUACCCAUAAACUUCCCCAGUGAUGACCCCAGAUGUGACCCGGGCCCCUCUGGAGCCUGGGGGCCCUGGGCUUAGAAUGAGGAGACACUGAUAUGAUGAAAGUUCAUGUACUUUGUUUACUGUGAAUAAUGAUGGAAGAGAAUAUUUUGAAGAUAAAUGAGUUUUUAUAAACAUAUUUUACUAUUUAAUAAGAAGUCUCUACAUCUGUCCAUUGAUAACAACUUUUUUUCUCAUUCUAAUUUGGAUCAUAAUGAUUUUCAGGGGAAAUAUUGAAAUUUUGUGUAGGAGCCAUUUGUUGUUUUUGGCCACUUGCAUUUUUUCUUUUGUAUUAUCACAGUGGGUGGUGAAAAAGAGGUGCACUAGGUGUAUUAAAUUGCAGCCACAUGUGAUGCGGGGUAUUUUAUUAGCUUGGGUGUGGGAGGAGGACACAGUUUUACCACUUCAUCGUUAUUUGCACCUUUUAUUUUAUUCUGAAAUGUGACUGGUUAUCAAUGCAUAUCAUAAGAAAUGAUUGAAAAUAAAUGGCAACUUCACCCAA